GUUUUGUCCUACUGAUGGCGUGCCAUUCAGGAAGUAGAGCAGGUGAACGGCGUUGCCUCCAAUCAGACUCCCAACCGGUUUGUUUGACAUGCAAAACACACAACUAACCUUUUUGACCAUCGCACAAGUCAAGGAGGAAUUUGCUCAUAAUGCCCCUUGUCACUAGACUCUUCUUUGUCUUUGUGCUGGUCUGUGCAGCUGUCACGUCAUUGAUCACACGCUCGCAUUCUGCACGAGCCAGUCCAGUAAGAGUCCUUGGCGCUGACGUCAUGAAGACGUCUUCGUACUCUCUGUACCGCCAGUACGUUCCCUCCUCUUCUGGACGUCAAUCGAGCCAGCGACAGAACCCAAACAAUGUUUUUCAUUCCCGUCAAAAGAGCCAAGAUUCUAAACCGUUCCAACCGGAGGAGAGAAGACAAGGUGAAAACCUCGACAAGUACCAAGUGGUCAUUCUUAAAUCAGCUCCCAGUCAUCCCUUUCGUCAGAGCUCCACGAACGCUGAAGAAGGUUCCAGAUUUGAAGACCUUUCCAGAGUGGACGCUCCUAAAAUGCCGGCGAGCACAAGAGAUCAAUCGGGAGUUAAGACAGUGCGGCAGUCGUCGUCUGUCCUUUCAGCGCAGCCAGGCCGAUAUUUGUCUGGACGCCGCGUGGACACAGACACGCACAACGAGAUUCGACCCGGCAGAUUUCCAUUGAGACGUCCGACCGCCUUGAAGGAGAAAAACCUGGACGCCUCUGUUAUCAAACACACUCCUCAGCUGGAAAAACUGACAUCACCACUCGCUAACGGUAAAAAGGUACAGUCCUUUCUCUUCAAGCCUUCUUUCGUCAAACCGGAACAUUUUGGGAAAUCUAUGAAUUCUCCGGCAAUUCUCCGGGACGAAAGGAAAGUGUCAACCGAAGAGGAUGACAACGCGGUCGAUGUGGCUCAGAAUGCCGCUCGGUACCGAGCCACCUCGAGACUAUACUGGCCACGACACUUCGCCGCGCAAAGUCACAAAGAUGCAUUCUCAGCGCAUGUCCUGCCGCCAGUUGCUGCAUCCAGAUUGGUGGCCAGGACAACCAGGAAGCCCGUGCCGCUGACGUCCUCAAAAGCUUUCGGCAAGUCUCUGGGAAUUCAAAAUUCCCGCCGGCCAGCCUCCAUUGCCUUCGCCAACAACUCUCCGCCCAAUAAAGGAAAAGACUAUGCAUUCAAAAUGGCAAAUGUUUACCCCUUUUUGUCAUCCAAAUACAGUUUCAGCCGCAGACAAGUCGGACCUCGGACUACAGCUGCUCUGUCCACGUCUGGAUUUCGACCUCCCAAAAAACUGGAUCGCAGGCUGCUAAAACAGCCGUCGAAUCAUCGAGUCGAGGGCGCCAACGCUGCAACUCGACCGUCGAACAAGUCUGCCGUCCAACAGAUUUUUGAAAGUCUGGAACGGAAUAUUUCUCAGGUGGCUAAUACGAGCGCAAUUCCCAAAACGUCUCUGCUGCACCGAAACGCGUCCGGCGGAAAAGAGGCCCCGACGUUUGCGGUCGGGCAAAACGAACCGCAGACCGAAACACCGAGGGGAGCGACAGCAGGUCACGUCGGCUCAGAGGGCCUCGCCGAGGGGAGGUCGAGGCUCUUCAGCACGUCCACCAGCAGCACGGUGCGAGGCAGACGCGUGCACGCCGCCCACCACGCCGGCCCCAAGCGCGUCGCCGGGAACUCGCCCAUCAUCAGGCUGCCCAAGCGGCCCAAAGGGGAGCCGAGGGCAAACGCGUCGACCACUCGGACGCCCACCACCGCAGCAGCUGUUUCGGACGUAACGGAGUUAGGAGUCAGGUUCUCCAGUACUGAGGUACCGGUGGCUACCAGAGAAACCUCAAGUCGUGGGGCAACUCUUGGCAUGGAGAACGAAAAUGAGAAGUCAAGCGGAAGUGAAGUGUCAGACAGUGGGCUGAAUGAGGCUCCGCAGGAAGAUUUGCUGGACCUACAUUACCUCCGAAUUUCGAUGGGCAACGUCUCCUUCAAGUCCAUCUGAUCUGGAUAAACAUCAGGCGGCAGCUCCUGAGUGUGCUGACAGGGAUUUUCCAUCUCCUCUUCUGCGUGCUGCUGAAAUAACGACAAGAUGGAAAAAAUUAUCUGCUUGCUUGUACAAUUCUGUUGUCGUUGUGGUGCCAGAAUGCAUCAAGACAAAGGAACCGGUAAUUAUCACACAUGAAACAAACUAUUUCGGGCUUUCAUUCACAACAACGUCAGAAUUGAUUCGCCAAUGACGUCACUGGGAGGUCUACUCAAAUGUUCUGGAACGUGGAACUAUUAAAAGGAUUGUCCAGGCUUCUGUGUCCACUAGAGGGCGGUGCUGGCCCACCAUUAAUACAGCGAGUACGCGCCAUAGUGCCACAAUGCUGCAUCUUUUCAAAACGCACAGAAUGUGCUUUCAUUUAUUCAUCAAUUUCAAAACAAUGAACUGUUGUCUAAAAAUGUCUGUGACAACAAAAUCCCUCAAAGGUUCAAUAAUUAUAGCAGACGUCAGAGCUUGGGGGUCUGAAAAAAUAAAAAGAGAUGAUAUAUUUGUGACUUUUAA